CUCUGGUCACAUCAUUCUCAAUCUUCCCGCGCGACGCGUUUUUAUUUUUUCACAUUUCAUGUAAAUUAAACCUCCCGCAGUAAUGGCGGCUUUGAGCAAUUUGAAGGAGUGUCCACCAUUGUCCACGGACCCGAACCUGACAAUGCGGCAAACCCACUCGCCGGAGCUCAAGCGCUAUCCGCAGAUAAGACUGAACAGUGAACUCAUGGCCAGCCACACGGCUGCCGGGCAGCGCUUCUACGGCGCCCAGAGCUUCCUGCCCGUGGAUGAGGGCGUCCUAAAGAGGAUAACGCGUAUCUUCUUCGACGCCGGCUUCUGGGAAUCGCUGGAGGAGGCGCGCGGGGCUAAGAGCAGGGAGCAGGCGCCACUAAUUGCCCGGGCGGGCGAUUUGAUAGCCCAAAUCAUGGGCCUGGUCAAUGGACUAAAGCUAAAGAUCUUUCCGCACACUCAGGGGCUCAGUGCGGAGCGGAUUGCCCAGUUUGUGGAGACGGGGGACUGGCUGAACAGCAAUGUUCGCUGCCUGGCCUGGCACUUGCACAUCUUUAAGCUGGCCGUAGCCGGUUUGGACGAUGUGGUGCGAAUUUACACCAGGGAUUCGAGCACAGUCGCCGCGGCGGUCCUAAAGAGCCCCCUUCAAACGGAGAUCACUUGCAUGGCCUGGCGACCGCUGUGCUCUGCACAGAUUGUGAUUGGCUGCCGGCAGGGUCUCUGUUUCUGGAAUGUGGAGACCGCCAUGCAUCUUGGACGCACAAAUGCACCCAGCCAGAUCUUUAGGCAUCCCGCCAGCCUGCCAAUCACCUCGUUGCAGUGGAACAAGGAUGGAACCCAGCUGGCCACCACCUCCAUUGGCGAUCGUUCCGUCAUCAUUUGGCAGACGGACAAUGGCCUGAUGCAGCCCCUCAAGCGUCUGGGUCCGCCGUUUUCCCUGCUCAAGUGGUCGCCGGACAACGAAUGGCUGUUUGCCGCCACCGUGGAUCGGGUGUUUCGCGUGUGGAACUGUCACAAGCGUUGGACCACCGAACGUUGGGUGUGCAACGGUGGCUAUGUGCAGACCGCCUGCUGGUCGCCCUGCGGUCGCUUUCUGCUCUUCGUCAGCAGCGCCGAACCGAUUCUGUAUCGCCUGCAGUUUGUGCAGAUGAAGCUGGGCGAUUCCUGUUCCAGUGAGAAGGAGGUCCUGCCCAUUGCCGAUCUUAAUGCCUGCAGCACUGGAAUCGAUGGCAACAGCGCCCUGAUUGGCGGACCUGCACAGCAGAUGGCCUGGGAUCCGCAUGGCAACUAUCUGGUGAUCUCGUUCAAAUCCACCAACAGCAUUGCCGUUUUUCGCACUUAUAUUCAAAAGUUUGAAAUCAAAAUCUCGGCUGCGUAUUCGCUGAGCGGCGAGACAGCGGCGGAGCGUCCCAGUUUCAUAUGCUUCCAGCCGCUGUACAAGGAGAACGAUAGGUCUGUGCUGACCAUUGCCUGGUCGUCGGGUCGCAUCCAGUACCAUGCCUUCGAUUGAAUCCUGGGUAAUUAUAUUUUAGUAUUUCUAUAUUUGGUUUUUUUUGUAAGCGUUAAUAAUUAUGAAUACAAUACAUGUAACAAACACACUCAAGUUGCGGGGAAACCCCCUUAAAUCAAAGUCCAAAGGGAUGCAAUGUGGCCUGGUAAUUGACUCUCAGAUUCGAGCUAAGCACAUUGUGGGGUUUUGAUUUGGUCUGGUCCUACGUCCUACGUCCUCUUUCUAUU